AUGGGGCUGUCCAUCAUCCAAGAGCAACAUGAUGCUAUCCUGGGCCAGAUCAAAAAGAUCACUCAAGGCGAUUGGAAAUGCUUGAUUGUCGACGAGAACUCCAAAAAGAUCAUUGACAAUGUCGUCAAGGAGGAUGACAUCCUCAACAACAAUAUCGCCAGUAUCGAGCGAAUCGAGAACCGUCGCGAACAGAACCCUGAAAUGGACGCAAUCUAUAUUCUAUCGCCCGAGCCUUUCGCUGUCGAAUGCCUUCUCGCCGACUUCGAGAUGCGACGCUACCGUAGCUUCUACCUUGUCUGGACCGGCCUCCUCGACCCCUCACUGCGACGCAAGAUUGACGAUUUCCCUGGAGCUCGCCAGCUCCGCGCCGGUUUCCAGACCAUGUUCGUCGAUUUCCUGCCUCGAGAAUCGCAUCUCGUUACCCUCCGCGACCCCUGGAGCUUUCCAAUGCUCUACCACCCAGCAUGCAAUGCUAUUGUUCCUACCCAUAUGAAGGGUUUGGCGCAAAAGGUAAUUGCCGGUCUUUGUAUUACUCUUGGAGAAUAUCCCAAAGUCCGGUACUACAAGCCGCAAGGUGCGCUCCACGAUGCAUCCGUUUUAUGCUCGCAUCUGGCCCGAUUCGUCCAAGAAGAACUUGAUGCGUAUGCGCAAUGGGAUACCAACUUCCCACCAGCUUCACAACGACCGCAGGCCACACUUGUCAUUACGGACCGAUCGAUGGAUCUGAUGGCACCCCUCGUCCAUGAGUUUUCCUACCAAGCCAUGGCGCACGACCUCCUUCCCAUCAAGGACGGCGACAAAGUAACAUAUCGCACGGUUAUCAACGAAGGAACCCCAGAGGAGCAAGAGAAGGAUAUGGAAUUGACAGACAAAGACAAGAUCUGGGUGGACAAUCGACAUAGACACAUGAAGGACACGAUUGAUAAACUUAUGGGCGAUUUCCAAAAGUUCCUCCAACAAAACCCACACUUCACCAACGAGAACGCCGAUACUACCAAUUUGAACACGAUUAGGGACAUGUUGGCUGGCUUGCCGCAGUUCCAAGAGAUGAAGGAGGCUUAUUCACUGCAUUUGACCAUGGCGCAAGAAUGCAUGAACAUUUUCCAGAAGCACAAGCUUAUGGAUAUCUCUUCAGUCGAGCAGACUCUCGCAUCUGGGCUUGAUGAGGACUUUAAGAGACCAAAGAACAUACUCGAAAUGGUUGUUCCUUUAUUGGACGACGAGGCUGUAUCGCUUCCCGAUAGACUACGACUCAUUGUUCUCUUUAUACUAUAUCGAGACGGUGUCAUUGCCGAAGAUAUCAAGAGAUUACUCGCUCAUGCAGGUCUCCCUCAGUCUGAUGCUGAGGUUGUUGCAAGUUUUGAGCAGCUGGGCGGACGUAUGACACAUGGCCUCAAAGAUGUGCGCCAGCUUCCCCCGCCUCUGUUCCCGAUCGACCUGAAGACAACACAACUGAACGAGGAAUACGGAUUAACACGUUUCGAACCUGCUUUGAAACAUAUGGUGGACCAUCUGGCAAGGGGCAUCCUCGAGCAAACUCACUUCCCCUAUGUAAAGCCACCGCUGGACCCCAAUGAGGAACUUCAUCUAGCACAGAGCGCCUCUCUUCGUGCCGGCCGACCGAACUGGGCAUCGUCUGGUCGCCGUCCUCCAGAGAACCGACAGCGAUUGAUUGUUUUCAUGGCUGGAGGCGCUACAUACAGCGAAAGUCGGGCGUGUUACGAAGUUGGCGAGGCCCGUAGCCGAGAUAUUGUUUUGGUAACCUCCCAUAUGCUAACUCCUCAACUCUUCAUGCGUCAAAUUGGUGAUCUUGGUCGCGACAAGCGUCAACUUGACCUGCCCUUGGAGCGACCCAAACGACACGCACCUCGUCACCUCUUCGAACGUCCACCUCCUCCUCGCCCAGCACCAUCACAACAGCCGCCACCUCAACAAGCAAUGAAUCCUGGGCCCAUAAACCGACCCGGUGGUCUUCCUCAAAGGCCUGCCCCUGGCAUGGUACCUCCAACGGCUUCCAUGUCCAACAUGUCGAUAAACAACCAUGGUGGCAGUGCGGCGCCACGACCAAACCCGCAUCAAAGUGUUCCAUCAAACCAGUCAAACCACGAGGAACCUGGCAAGCUCCACAAGGAGAAGAAGAGGAGAAACUUUCUCGGUAUGAAGAAGUAG